AUGAACUCUCAUAAUUUAGCACAAAUUGCUGCAGUCUCGUCGUCCAUUUGGCUGUCGGAAAAUAUGCAGGAUACUAAGCACGUCAAUAACACAGGCGAAAUAUUCACCUACUCUUGGGGAGCAGUGCCCGCUGGCCGCCUUUCGCCAUCCUGGGAGCGGGAGGCUUUUCGGGUUGUUGGUUGUACUGGGGGGGCUGCAAUUCUCGAUAUUGCUAUCGUUCCAUACACCUUCGCGUUCAUGGUACAAACAAACUCGAGCAUAUUCGAGUUUGCGAAUGCGAAAGACUCGUCAGAAAAGCCCGCCAGUGAGGAGAAUCAACUGGCCCCCCUGCUGAAGAGAUGGGCGUGUCUUAAUACCGUUCGCUCACUUUUCCCAUUGGCCGGUGGUAUUUUGGGAUUGAUCCGGGGGCCGCUGGCAUGGUCUCCCGACGGAACGCUUUUGGCUGGCCUGCACUUGGAUGACCUGACCAGUGUGUCCAAUUUUCACGCGCAGAUGGACGGUAUCCCUCGGAUGGCAUGUCUGCCGGGCCAUCUGGGGGAUAUCACGCAGGUAGCCUUCAUGCCAGAUGGCAAGAGCAUCCUCCGUCUCGCGACAGUGUGA